AUGUGUGAAGUGAAUUUACCAGUUUUACCUCGAAGUGACCUUUUAAUUGAUAUCGAAGAUGCGAAACGAGAAGCAUUACGUGUUGGAUAUCCUGUCAUGUUGAAAAGUACCGCAGGUUCAGGUGGCAAAGGAAUGUGUCAAUGUUUGAAUGAGAAAGAUUUAGAAAAUCUUUAUGAAAAAUUUCAACGAUCAGCACAAAAAUAUUUAAUCAACGAUGGUCUUUAUCUUGAACGAUAUGUGGAAAAUGGUCGACAUAUUGAAAUUGAAAUCUUUGGCGAUGGAAAAGGUUUUAUUGUUUCAUUUGCUGAACGAGAUUGUUCUUUACAAAGAAGAAAUCAAAAAAUACUUGAAGAAUCACCCGCAAUGAAUCUUUCCGAGCAAAUCCGAUGUGCAAUGAGAAAUUUCGCUGUUCAAUUGACAUCUUUUGUUCACUAUCGAUCCGUUGGAACAGUUGAAAUCAUUUACGGAAUUGAUUUGGUUGAAUGGAUGGUCAAAUUGGCAUUUAGUGAACAAAUCGAUGAAAUUUAUCAAUUAUCAAAACCAUUUGGUCACGCAGUUGAACUUCGACUUUGUUCAGAAAAUCCUUUAAAUGAUUUUUGUCCAUCCGUAGGAAAGAUUUCUGAAGUUGAAUUUCCCAAAACAACCGAAGAUAUUCGAAUUGAUACGUGGAUUUGUAGUGGAAUUGAAAUUUGCCCAUUUUAUGAUUCGUUAUUGGCCAAAAUUAUCGUUCAUGGUGAAAAUCGGCAAGAAACAAUUACAAAACUUUCAUUUGUUCUUCAACAAAUAAAUCUUUGGGGAAUCGAAACCAAUUUACAUUUCCUUCGUCAAUUAAUUUCAUCGGAACUCUUUUUCAAUGAACAAAACAUUUCUCUUCAAUUUUUAACCAAAUUAUUUCAUUAUGAGCCCAAAGGAAUCGAAAUUAUCCGAAGUGGAACAUUUACAGCAAUUCAAGAUUAUCCCGGUCGAAUUGGAUUUUGGAACAUCGAAAUUUCUCCGUCUGGUCCAAUGAAUCAUUUCGCUUUCACUAGAAAAGAACUAUUAGAUGCAAAUUAA